AUGGUCAACACAUUCGGGAGUGGCCCGGCACACGCCCAGGCCUCACUCCCCUCAUUGCCCGCUCACUUGCAGUCUGAUACACAUCUCACAGCCCAUCUCGCUAGCAGAUUUCAUGUUGGAUUACCAACAGCCCGUCUGUCAUCCCAGGCUCUCAUUGCCCUGAACACAUACUCAUCCGCAACCAAGGGACCUGACGGUGGGAAAGAGGGAAGUGCUGCGGGAGAAGCUGAAGACCUUGCUCGACGUGCCUUUACUCGCUUGGGUGCGCGUGCAGAGAACCAAGCUGUCGUCUUUUUAGGAGAGAGCGGAUCCGGUAAAACGACUCUUCGCUCACACUUACUCUCUUCCUUCCUGUCAUUUUCCUCAACGCCGCUGUCCUCCAAGCUCUCUUAUGCUGCCUUCGUUUUCGACACCCUCACAACCACCAAAUCCGUCACUUCGCCCACCGCAUCCAAAGCUGGUCUCUUCCUCGAGCUUCAAUACGAUGGCUCAUCCUCCGUGAACCCCACCUUGAUUGGUGGUAAGAUCAUUGAUUAUCGAUUGGAGCGAAGCCGCAUUUCCUCCGUACCCACCGGAGAACGAAGUUUUCAUGUCUUGUACUACCUGCUAGCUGGAACCAGUGCCGCCGAGAAGUCGCAUCUGGGCUUUGAGAACAGCAUCCACAUUCAGACUGGUAGUAAACUUUCCGGAGGAACCAUCAGUCACAAACGCUGGCGCUAUCUCGGUCACCCAACACAAUUGAAGGUUGGAAUCAAUGAUACGGAAGGUUUCCAGCACUUCAAGACCGCCUUGCGCAAGUUGGAAUUCUCGCGUGGAGAGAUCGCUGAGAUCUGUCAGAUCUUGGCCAGUAUUCUCCAUAUCGGACAAUUGGAGUUUGCUAUGGGCGCAUCUACCACUACAGGCGCAGAGGAGAGUGGUGGCUACUCACACGAAGGUGGCGAGACCGUCACAGGUGUAAAGAACAGAGAUGUUCUCGAGAACAUCGCCGCAUUCUUGGGCCUCAGUGUUGAUGCUUUGGAAAUAAGCCUGGGUUACCGUACCAAGACGAUUCACCGCGAGCGAGUGACCGUGAUGCUGGACCCUAAGGGAGCCAGAGAGAAUGCCGAUGCAUUCGCGCGUACCAUUUACUCCCUUUUGGUUACAUACGUGAUUGAGACAGUCAACCAGAGAAUCUGUGCCGCUGAGGAUAGUGUCGCCAACACCAUUUCUAUUGUGGAUUUCCCCGGAUUCGCCCAAGCCCCCUCUACUGGAUCUACACUCGACCAACUUCUCAGCAAUGCCGCGACCGAAUCGCUUUACAACUAUUGCCUGCAGUCUUUCUUCGACCGCAAGGCAGAUAUUUUGGAUCGGGAGGAGAUCACUGUUGCUGCCACCAGCUACUUCGAUAACACGGAUACCGUGCGUGGUCUUCUCAAGCAUGGAAAUGGUCUAUUGAGUAUCCUUGACGAUCAGACUAAACGCGGAAGAUCUGAUGCUCAGUUCUUGGAGAGCGUCCGCAAGCGUUUCGAGAACAAGAACCCUGCUAUCUCUGUAGGUGCGCCUAGCGGAUCAAGCGGGUACAUGUCACAGGCUAGAAGUGCAUUUACCGUCAAGCAUUUCGCCGGUGAGGUGGACUAUUCUACCACUGGCUUGCUCGAGGAGAACGGCGAGGUUAUUUCAGGUGAUUUGAUGAACUUGAUGCGCUCCACAAGGAGUGACUUCGUUCGUGAAUUGUUCCACCAGGAGGCACUUCAGACAAUAUCUCACCCACAGGAAAAGACCGCUAUCAUGCAGGCUCAGGUCAGCUCUAAGCCACUGCGGAUGCCAAGCAUGGCUAGACGCAAGGCCGGACCCCCCUCCCGUUUCGCUGCUCCAAGUGCCCAUCCCGAGAGCGACGAAGCAGACGAGGGUGAAAGCCAGGUCGGUGGCUCUAAACGCGCCAGCGCGCGGAAGAGUGGAAUGCCAACUGGACCCUCUCAGGGAGCUGCUGGGCAAUUUCUUUCGGGUCUGGAGAUCAUCAAUAAAUCUCUUAGCUCUUCCAACCUGAAUCCCUACUUUGUCAUCUGUCUGAAGCCAAAUGACCGCCGCAUCGCCAAUCAGUUCGACAGCAAGUGCGUGCGGAUGCAGGUUCAAACCUUCGGUAUUGCCGAAAUUAGUUCGCGGUUGCGAAAUGCCGAUUACAGUGUCUUCCUUCCAUUCGGAGAGUUCCUUGGACUGGCUGAUAUAGGCAAUGUUGUUGUCGGAAGCGACAGGGAAAAGUCCGAGGUUGUUCUUGACGAAAAGCGCUGGCCUGGCAAUGAGGCUCGCGUAGGUAGCACUGGUGUUUUCCUCAGUGAGCAAUGCUGGGCGGAUAUCGCUAAAGUUGGCGAUCGGGUGGUUCCCUCGUAUGGAAACGUCGGCGCAGACGGCGGCGACGGCCUCCAGACUCCUGGCGGCGAACCCGAUUCCAAGCACCGGCUUCUUGGUCCUAAUGAUCAAUCUCCUGGCGCUUUCAUUUACGGGGAUGAAUCUAAGCAGGGAUACUUUGGUAGCCGUGAGAUGGACGGACGCUCCGAUGCUGGAGGCUCAGCGUUCAACUCUGGUGAUAUGUUCAAGAAUAUGGACACUAAAGAGCAGAUGCUUGAGAAGGGCAACGAAAAGAAAAUGGAGGAGGUCGACGAGGCCAAGGUAUCUGGCAGCCGUCGCCGUUGGAUGUUCCUCGUUUACCUGCUCACCUUCUUCAUCCCGGACUUUGUGAUCCGAUUCGUCGGUCGUAUGAAGCGCAAGGAUGUCCGGGUUGCUUGGCGUGAAAAGCUCGCUAUCAACAUGAUUAUUUGGUUUGCUUGUGGUGUCGCUGUCUUCAUGAUUGUCGGUUUCCCUGGAGUGGUUUGUCCAACCCAGGACGUCUACAACACGGCAGAACUUAGCAGCAAAAAUGGCAAGGGUAGCGCGGACUCCUACGUCGCUAUUCGAGGUGUGGUUUUCAACCUUGGAAACUUCAUGCCUUCCCACUUCCCCGACAUUGUCCCUCAAAAGUCUUUGAAGGCCUAUGCCGGAACUGACGCCACCAACCUUUUCCCUGUCCAAGUCUCAGCCCUCUGCCAAGGUACCACGGGAUCCGUGAGCCCCAGCGUUCCUCUUGACUAUCGCUCAAACCUAAAUGACUCGGAAACUACUACCUCCUCCACCACAUUCGAUAUCAACGCAAAGUACCAUGAUUUCCGGUAUUGGACUAAUGAUUCUCGCGCUGAUUGGUUCUACGAGCAAAUGGUCAUGAUGCGUUCCAACUAUAAGAAAGGCUACAUUGGGUAUACCCAAAAGGCAAUGAAGAAGCUUGCAAGCGAUGACUCCAAGAAGGUUGCGAGUAUCAACGGCAAAAUCUACGACAUGACAUAUUACAUUGCCGGGCCCAGAAUUGCCCGCUGGCCCGUGGGAAAGAACGCCACCAGUAACGUCGAUACCGAUUACAUGGAUUCAAAGAUCGUCGAUCUCUUCCAGGGAAAGCCUGGAGAAGAUGUGACCAAGUAUUGGGAUGACCUGAGCUUGACCACGGCCGAACGAUCCAGGAUGCAGCUCUGUCUUGACAAUCUUUUCUUCAUUGGCAAAAUCGACACUCGAGAUUCCGUACGUUGUCAAUUCGCACGAUACUUUAUUCUGGCCAUCUCCAUCAUGCUGUGCGCCAUUAUCACCUUCAAGUUUUUGGCCGCGUUGCAAUUCGGAAGAAAGAACCUCCCGGAGAACCUGGACAAAUUUAUCAUUUGCCAGGUGCCCGUGUAUACCGAGGACGAAGAGUCAUUGCGUCGUGCUAUGGACUCCAUGGCUCGCAUGCGCUACGAUGAUAAGCGCAAACUCCUGCUUGUCAUUUGCGAUGGAAUGAUUAUUGGUCAAGGCAACGACCGCCCGACUCCUCGCAUAGUGCUCGACAUUCUGGGAGUUCCUGAAUCCGUGGACCCGGAGCCUCUCAGCUUCGAGAGUCUCGGCGAGGGCAUGAAGCAGCACAACAUGGCAAAGCUGUACUCCGGUCUCUAUGAGGUGCAGGGUCACAUCGUUCCUUUCCUUGUCGUUGUGAAGGUCGGAAAGCCUUCCGAGGUCUCCCGUCCUGGUAACCGUGGAAAGCGUGAUUCCCAGAUGGUUCUCAUGCGCUUCCUCAAUCGCGUUCACUACAACCUGCCCAUGAGCCCUAUGGAGCUUGAGAUGCAUCAUCACAUCCGGAACAUCAUUGGUGUCAAUCCACAAUUUUACGAAUAUAUCUUACAAGUCGAUGCCGAUACUAUGGUUGCGCCUGAUGCCGCCACCCGCUUCGUUUCAGCAUUCCUUUCUGAUACACGUCUGAUCGGUGCCUGUGGAGAGACAUCUUUGUCCAACGCCAAGACUUCCAUUGUGACUAUGAUCCAGGUUUACGAGUACUACAUCUCUCACAAUCUCACCAAAGCCUUCGAGAGUUUGUUCGGAUCCGUCACUUGUUUGCCCGGUUGUUUCACCAUGUACCGUAUCCGCACAGCAGAGAACGGAACACCGCUCUUUGUUAGCAAGGCUGUGGUUGAUGCUUACUCUGAAAUCCGUGUCGAUACCCUCCACAUGAAGAAUCUGCUGCACCUUGGCGAGGAUCGUUAUUUGACGACUCUGCUUAUCAAGUUCCACCCCAAGUUCAAGACUAAGUAUAUCUUCCGAUGCCAUGCCUGGACAGUUGCCCCUGAGAGCUUCGCAGUCUUCCUUUCCCAGCGUCGCCGAUGGAUCAAUUCUACUGUUCACAACCUGAUGGAGUUGAUUCCCCUGGAGCAGCUGUGUGGUUUCUGCUGUUUCAGUAUGCGAUUCAUUGUCCUCAUUGAUCUGCUUAUGACUGUCAUCCAACCUGUCACCGUUGCUUAUAUCGUUUAUCUGAUCUACUGGUGUGUGAGUGAACCAGAUGUGCUCCCCAUCACGUCUUUCAUUCUACUCGGUGUCAUCUACGGUCUCCAGGCUUUGAUCUUUAUCAUCAGACGCAAGUGGGAAAUGAUUGGCUGGAUGUUGAUCUAUCUCUUGGCCAUUCCCGUUUUCUCCCUCGCUCUGCCUCUGUACUCCUUCUGGCAUAUGGACGACUUUUCUUGGGGUAACACUCGUAUUAUCACAGGAGAGAAGGGUCGUAAAGUUGUCAUCUCCGAUGAAGGCAAAUUCGACCCCAACUCCAUUCCCAAGAAGAUCUGGGAAGAUUACCAGGCAGAGCUUUGGGAGUCCCAGACCUCGCGCGACGAUCGCUCAGAGUUCUCUGCACACUCAUACGGCACCAGACUGCCUCCCUUCCCGCAGUCCGAGUAUGGAUAUCAUACUAGCUCUCGUCCGACCUCACAACUGGACCUACCCCUUGGUGGUGGUGGCGGUGCUCGUUAUUCGGUCGCUGCCUCUGAAAUGAUGAGCAACUUUGAUAUGCAAGAUCUCAGCCAUCUUCCUCCCGAUGAUGAGAUCCUUGAGGAAAUUCGCAAGAUCCUGUCUACUGCGGACUUGAUGAAGGUCUCGAAGAAGACUGUGAAGCAGGAGCUUGAAAGGCGCUUCGAGGUCAACUUGGAUGCCAAGCGACCGUAUAUCAAUUCUGCCACCGAAGCCGUUCUCUCGGGAGUUCUUUGA